AUGUAAUUAACAAACGGAGACCUUUUAAUUAUUCAACAGUUUUCAGAUCAAACUGUAGGUUAAAUUUUAAAAUAUGAUUUUCUUUCUGAUUAAUUCAUUCAAUUUUAAACUUUUUCUUUUCCUUUGAAAAAUGAGAUUAUUAGUGAAAUAAAUAUUGUUGCUAAUAUUCUUUUAACACAAACAAGCUUAUAAUUUUAUAUUUUUUGCAUAAAUGAAGACUUUAUCAGAUAGAUUUAUUAAAGCAAAAUAAAAAUUAAUGUAGCAUUUAUUUAAAACACUUUAGAAGAAUAUCUUAUAUAAAGUGAAGAUACAGAAUUUUUUAUAAUGAAACAUUGUUAUUUAAACUAAAAUGAAAUAUCCUUUAUAAACACCUAUCAUUUAUCAAAAGCGAAAAUACUACAAUCAUUUUAAGAAUUAACUUCAAUCUAUUUUAAUGUAGAAUUGCAAAAUAAUUUACAAAUUAAAAUAAAUAACUCUGCUAAAAACAACAUUUAUAUAACAAUAAAUUGUAUAUUUAGUUAUCAAAAUUUUCUUUUUUAUGUCAAAGUUUAAUUAAAUACUGUAUAAACCACUUAUGAAUUAAAUAUUUAAAAAAUUCUUAGACAUUAUGAGCGCAUAGAGAAUUUUUUCCAUAUUAAUGAAUAUUUAGCUAUAAUUAGUAAUUAUUAAAAUCAAUAUAUAUAUGAUUUAAAGCAAGAAUAAUAUUUUUAUGAUCCCAUUUAUUAAAUGGUUACUAACCAAAUUAUUCUCUAAGAUUAUAAUAAUACACAUUUUUUUUUAUUUAAUUUGACAGAGAAUAAGGCAUAUAUAGUUGAAAUUGGGUAUGAAAUUAAUAUUUAAAGUAAAAAAAAAUCUUAGGACUGUUUAUUGAUUGCAAGAAAUGAAAUAUCCCAAGCUGAGAUUAAUGUAUUCAUUUAAUAAGAGGAACUUAGCUUUAAAUAAUAAUAUGAUAGAGGUAUCAUAAUAUUAUUAAUAAUUAUAAUAACCAUAACUAUUUUAUUAAUUUUUAUAUUUAGAAGGAAUAAAUUAAAGUAACAUAAAUUACAAUCAUUUAAACUAAACAUAUCAAUGGAUCAAUCUAGAUAAUGA